AUGGCAUCAAUCUGCCAUAGAUGCGCCCUGCGUCUGCAACGAGCGGCCCAAGCAGAAAUACCAACCCUCUCGAAACGAACUUUCUCUAGCACCACUACUCGACAACGAACGCUGCCCACCUUCACUGAGGCCUCCAACCCCGAGCUGAACAAUGUCCUUGCGACACUACGCGAGAAACACUUCAUCCCCGCAUACCUGCGCAAGCAAGAGCGCAAGAUGAUAUUCAAACAUGAGUUCAAACAAUACCUCCAGGACAACCCUCAGACAGUGUACCUCGGUGAAGAGGAGGUCCAACUGCAAUGGAUUGACCGAAAUCGCGACAUUCCAGCCAGGAAGGAUCUCGUCAACCAGGCUCUCAACCUGAUCGCAGAGGGUGAAUCAUCCGACUGGCAGAAUCUACCAAAACUGCUACAGGCGCUCAACGAAGGAGUGAAGAAGCCAGCGACGCCAGAACAGAUGGAGAAGAUCAUGCGGAAAGCUUUACAGAAUGGCAAGAUUGGAAUCAUCAUACAGUGCUUGCAGCAAGCAGGGAAGACGGGCAUGACAUUGAAUAAUGAGCAUGUCCUGCGGAGUGUGAUUUCUGGUUUACAUGAGCUGGCUGUGGGCUCAGACUGGUCGGAAUCUGCAACAGGCCGAGCGCUCAGAGAUGCGAAUGUGGUCUCACUGUUGUUGGAGAGCGAGGAGCAUGGCACUGGAAGGAAACUCACACCAAACGAUCCUAGGACCAGACCCGAGGUGCUUGGCGUCUUCCUCGAGUUGACGGCAGUGUAUGCGUACAAAUUUGAAGAGGCAAAGGACACGCAAGGUUUGGUGAAGGCGUAUGCUGGCAGGCUGUUGAGCAAUCUGAAGGAUAGAGAAUCCGGACCCAACGAUGUCCAGCUCCUCAACAAGGGCAAGCAGUAUCCCAUGCUCUUUGCUACAUCCAUUUGGCACGGCCUCACUCUUGCCCAGAAGAUCCUUGGCAAGGAAAUGCCUGAGCAAAGCGUGGCGAUCAAGGCCAUUCAAGAAUACGAGUCGACUAUAUCAAGACUUGCAGAGCAGCUGAAAUCACAGCAGCCAGCGGAGGGAACGUAUGCCGAACAAGCGCUGACUGCGUGGGAGAAGUGUAUACGGGACUGA